AUGGCUUCAUCAGAGAAACUACAAAGGGAAGACAACUUCCUUGAGAAAGGCGUGUACGACUAUGUCUACGCAUUAAGACAUUGCUUCGAGAACGGCGCGCCAUUCAUCGGCAUGUUUGAGGACGACAUCCUGCUAGCUCAAGGAUGGCUAGUCAGAACUCUCAUAGGUUUGCAACAGAUUUCGGGCGACUCAACCUCGUGGCUCUACAUGCGGCUCUUUAAUCAAGAGCGGUCAACUGGCUGGGAGAACCGUCAUAUCGGUGGCAACCACGAGCAUUGGAUCAUUAUAGGCAUUGGAUUAUUUGUUUCAGUGCCGGCCUGGCUGUUGUACAGGCGAUGCAGAUGGACUCGCACGAUUAUCGACCCGGUAACAAUAUUUUUGCUAGUCGCAAUUGUUAACCCGGCUCUAGUAAUCCUAUUUUUCCAAUCCGGCAAGGCUACGAUGCUACCGCCCUCUCCAGGGGUAUUUAAUGAGCCAUUUGGCUGCUGCUCGCAAGCCAUGGUCUUCCCACGUCAACAGGUGCCACUGCUUAUAGAGUUUCUACAGCGGAGGCAGAAGGGUCAAAUCGACCUGUUAUUGAACGACCUAGCUGUUGAAUCAGGGCUAGCCCGGUAUGCCUUGUAUCCCGUCCAAGCACAGCAUAUUGGCCUCGACUCAGCUAGAAUGACGGAUAAGAGUGAAGCGCAGGCUAUUUGGAGCAUGGCGUUUGAGGAUCUUGAUCCGACUCGGCUAAACCAGAGCCAUCAACAGAUGGUGUCACAAUACUACGGAUAG